CUGUCUUGUUGCCUCAGUCAUCAUCACGGAAUCCUUCGGCACCUGGCGCACCUGUCGCAGCUGUCAAUACCAGUCUCUCAGCCGCAAUUGACGCUUCUUCUUCCCUGCUUCACCACCAUCCAAACAUCUUGGCUCGCAAUUCUCAACACAUUGGUGGCCUCCAAUUGUUGCAAUAUUCUCAGCAUCUCCAAGAAAAAUAUUUCGAGAUUAAAUGAAAAUCAAUUAAAUUAAUUCAAUCAAUUAAAAAUAAUCAGGCCAUCCCGCACACCCCACCAUCCGCUCACGAACGACAAGGCCUAGGUUCCCUGCUUCACGACCAUCCGUCGCUGCAACGCAACCUCAGCCUGCCAUCCCAUAUAAGCUUGGGCCAAAUAAACUAUUCGACGCCGUCCCACUGCCUCUGCAACCAUCCUGCCUACCUACCUAACAUUCUCACCAUGGGACUCCGCGUUUACGCCGCCGCUGCCGCCCUGGUACCUGUCGCCCUACCCGCAGCAUAUCUCCUCUACCUCCACCUCAGCUCCUCCCGCGAAUGCCGCCUGGCCGAUGGCCGAUUGAGAUCUACAUUGAAAUCUCCAACCGUCACCCAAGACCCUGGGGCUGCCCCUGACGCGCAACCCUCUCCUCCCACUUCCCUUCCAGACGCUGUUCGAGACCACCUUGAUACCUGGGUUGUCUCUUACGAACGCGCAGUCUCUGCUCCCCUGGACCUAUCGACGCUAGCACUGACACCUGCAGAUGCCUCGCAGACGGAUACUCGCCCAUCGGCCUUGCUGAGAUGCUACGUCCAGGCUGCUCAUGUCGCCUUUAGCUGGACCCCCCAGGCCUUCCUCAUUCGCUCUCUCAUCAAGGACAAGGAUACGCGCGCAACUUUUGACGCGUCACGGCUACUGAGCACAAACUUUGUCCAGGGCGAUAUUGUCAAUGGCGUGUAUCGUGUGAUUGCCUACCAGGGCAAAGGACCACAGCACCCGGGACAGCCAGAGCGUGUAGAGCUUGCCCUGACGAGCCCACCCGAUUACAAGGGACCCCCUAUGGAGGGACGAAUCAUUGCGAUUGUCGAGGAGGCCGAGGAAAAGGGCUCGGUUGUGCUCGUCAACGAGACGUGGAUGUGGCGCAAGGUCGAGGACAAGCCUACCAUGUUGGAGUCAGCCGGGGGCAAGCUCUUCCACGGGCUCCUUGCGAAAUGGCUACUUACUGCUGGCAAGCAAGCUGUCGAGAAGAAAUUCACCAAGAAGAAUGAAUAAGCGAAUGCAAUGACUGCAGACUUUGCCUUGAUAUCAAGGCGUGUACAACAACUCCCCUCUCUUUCAGAAACUACACCGGCGUUUAGCACACAAGAGUGCAAUGAAUGGGCCAUUAGUAUACGAUGUUCGAUUAAUUUAAAUUCAAAAAAUAACCAUGAAAAGCAUAGCCAGAUGAACCUUCAACCCUCAAGCUUGGGAAUAAGUAUCUCAACAUCUGGAGCCUUGGGGAUAAUGAGUGGGAUAUCGGCAUUGAAAACAAUUCGUCUUCGUGAAUCGGCAUAACCACCGGGAUAGUAAUGCAGCCAUGGGGCCGUGGUGUCAUAGAAUGCAUUUCCAUGCUUAUCCGCGUUCCAGAAUAGUCUUCGUAGCCACCUGUGCAAGUUUGGAUAGUUUCCUCCGCGAAUUGUGUCCAGCGUGCAAAGCAUCGCCGUAUUAUACGCGGCAUCGAACCUUGCAAUAGUUGGAUACAGCCGAAUAUCCGCCAAAGUCAACCCAUUCCCUACGAGAUACGGCGUCUUUGAGAGCCACGUAUCAAGUUCACGCAGGGUCUCAAACAGCGGCCCAAUAUUCUCCUCAUACGAUUCUUGAGAACGUGCAAAACCAACUUUGUAUACGCCAUUGUUGAGUGUAUCAUAUACUGUCUUAUUGAUGGCGUCAAUCUCAGCCUUGAGAUUGGCUGGGUAGAGGCCGCCGUCGGGUUUGCUAGACUCACGCAGGUGCUCGGGAAUGAGGCCGUCAAACUCGGUGGCAAACAUAACAAUCAGCUCCGAUGAUUCGUUGUUGACUGGUCGGUCUGUCUUCUUAUCCCAGAGCAGAGGUACAGUAUAUCGACCGCUAAAGUUUGGAUCGUUGGACAGGUACAACUGCUUGAGCGUCGUGAAUCCCGGAUGCAGAGGAUCUUCGGGCGGGCUUCCCAUCUCGCCAGAAAAGUACCACCCGUCUUGUCCAAGAUAUGGAUGUACUUGAAUUAGUUCAAUAAUGUCUUCGAGGCCUUUGAGCUUUCUCAUAAUCAUGGUGCGAUGAGCCUGUGCCGUUGCGAUAUGUAGAGAGCAUAUCUGCCAGCCUCGGGAGGGAAUUCUGCGCCAGGCUCGCGCGAUAUGAAGCUGCGAUAGUCUGUGUCUGGGCGGGUAAAUGACCCGUCCUUGUGGUAGAUGAGGCCCUUUGACAUGGUGUUAGUUGCGACUGUGAAUGGUGGACGAUGCGCUUCGUGUUUGUUUUUUACAAAACGUGUAAUUGAAAGUAAACUUUGUAUUAAUUAUGACAGCGCGAUCAAUAUACUUAUAAAAUUCUCAAAUUGUGAUGCGCUGC